AUGGGGCUUCCCAAAGACUCUGAACUACGGGAGUCGUUGACGAAAAGACCUCCCGAGGAUAUGAGGCAACUUAUGAGGCGUAUUGAGGAGUAUAAACAUCUCGAAGGUGAUCGGCUGCAGAAUAAGGGUAAGGCCCCAUUGCUUGGUCGCUCCCGACAGGGCGUUUUUCCAACAAGACUAAAGAAGGAUUUCAGGAUGCAGGAACCAGAAGCACAAAUUGGAGGGGUGAAUGUGGCAUUCAAAGAGCCGGUACACAAAAUUUUAGACCGGAUUAAGAACGAAUCGUUCUUCAGGUGGCCGAACAAGAUGGGGGGCGACCCGUCCCGGAGGAAUCAAAACUUGUACUGCACAUACCACAGAGAUAAAGGGCACACCACCGAGCAGUGCCGGGUAUUAAAAGAUCAUCUAGGACAACUAGUGAAGGCAGGAUAUUUGAAAGAGUUCAUAGUGGAUUCCGAUAACUGA